CCAAUAGCAACAUAACUAACUAGAACACGUCACACAAACACUAAUCCAGUACAAAAAAAAUGCUCCAAACUCUAUCCACCCAUCUCUCCUCCACCUCCACCUCCACCACCACACCUCUCCUCCUCCUCUCAAAACCCUUCCUGUCUCCCUCUGCAAAAUCCCAGCUUUCUCACUCUAAACCCUUCAACUUCCCUCGAACCUUAAAACGCAUCUCUUAUUACAAGCCCCCAAUGAACAUCCUUAACAAACUAGGCUUUGGUACUAGGUCACCUGACCCGUCCACAAUGGACCCAACAAUCCCACAAGGUCCUGACGAUGACUUACCAGCUCCUGGUCAGCAAUUUGCUCAGUUUGGAGCUGGUUGUUUUUGGGGUGUUGAAUUGGCAUUUCAAAGAGUCCCGGGCGUUACCAAAACUGAAGUGGGUUAUACUCAAGGCUUAUUGCAUAAUCCAAGUUAUGAAGAUGUUUGUACUGGUACUACCAAGCAUAGCGAAGUUGUUAGGGUUCAGUAUGACCCUAAAGAGGGUAGCUUCGAGACUUUGCUUGAUGCUUUCUGGGCUAGACAUGAUCCUACUACCUUGAAUCGCCAGGGGAAUGAUGUGGGAACACAGUACAGGUCUGGAAUAUACUAUUACACCCCUGAGCAGGAGAAGGCAGCAAAGGAAUCCAUGGAACAGCAGCAGAAGCUCUCAAACAGGAAGAUAGUCACGGAGAUUUUACCUGCCAAAAAAUUCUACCGAGCGGAAGAAUACCACCAGCAGUAUCUUGCCAAAGGAGGCCGUUUUGGAUUUAAACAAUCUUCUGAGAAAGGCUGCAAUGAUCCUAUCAGAUGCUAUGGCUAAUUCCUUUACCAUCAUUAAGAGGCUAACAUCGGUAUAGGUUAAAUAUUCUUGACCUGAUACAAUACCUGUUUAUAUUGAGAAACCUAAGCUUUUGUAUGCUUUGCUGUGUUGUGAAUGCCAUGUGUUAGCUUCGAGGACAUAGAUAUCUAGUUACCUAAAUAUGUUUGAUGGCUGUGUGCUCUACUGUUUGUGUAAGGUAGGUAGGGCAGAAUGGUUGAUAUAUAAGAAAAAAGUUUUUCAACA